ACACGACAGAGCUCGACACAGGCAUGACACAGGCUCAACGCUGGCAACUAACAGCGGCGCAUUACCUAUCCAGAAAAUACGUCAUGUAUUAACCCUUCACGAUUCCCCAUUAUAAGUUGCCAUCGCUCCAAUAUCGAUCACUAUCAUAGUGGGCUUUUACGUAUGGCGUUAUAUUCCCGCCAAAACUCAAACUUUUGUUUGCAACAUUGCUACUUUGAAUUAUCGCUCGUUUUUACACUCGUGGUUCGAACAUGCUGCAUUCUUAUUCAGUGCUCAAUGUAUGUAUGUCUGUCUGUCUGUCUGUCUCUAUGUAUGAACAGUUUAACAGGGUAUUGUGCUAAUGUCCCCACAGAUGGCAUGACAUUGUCCUCAAAACGUUACUCAGAGAUUUAACAAUGAAAUGUUUCCUUGGUUUCACCUAACUGACAUUUAUGUAAACAGAUAAAAAAGAAGCAUCAGUGAAUAGUGAAACUUUUGCCUGCUCAGUGGAUGAAGCCAGUGAAAAAGAUACAGAAGAUGUGUCAGUGAAUAGUGAAGCUUUUGUCUGUUCAGUGGAGGAAACAAGUGGUAAAGGUAAACAAGAAAAGCUAGUUAAUUAUGAAGCUGUGGCAUGCACAGCAAAGAAUGCCAGUUGCAAAGCUGUUGCAAGGAAACGACCACAUGAUAGAAGCAGUGAUAAAGAGAAUGAAGAUCUUGCGAUCAUGAACAAAAACUUCAGGAGAAAAACAAGGGCCAUCAUAUUAGAAACAGACAGUCAAGAGGAGGAAAAUGAUAGUCCAAGUAUUGGGGCAAAUUGUGACUCUAGCGAGAGAAAACAGAUUCAAAGUACUGAAAUGAAAGAUGAACAGGCUGUUGCAAGGAAACGAUCCCAUGAUAGACGCAGUGACGAAGAGAAAACAUCUUUGCCAGGAUCUAAAGACGUCACAUUAGAGAAGGAGAGUAGAAAGGAUCAACAUGCCGAUACAAGUGGAAAGCGAGAGGUUAAAACAGAAGAAGACGAAGAAGUUGUUAUUUCCUGUUCAAAGAAGGGCGAGAACAAUGCUAGGAUAUAUGACAAAAGACAUUCUUGCUUUUAUUGUGACAAGAUGUGUGCAAAAAUUGCUCGGCAUUAUGAACAUCACCACAAAGACGAGGCAGAGGUAGCUGAAACAUUUGCUUAUCCACGAGGCUCAAAAGAUCAUAAAAAAGCCCUUGAAAAGUUGCGACUGCGAGGCAAUUUUCAUCAUAACUUGCGUGUAUUAGAACGUAAAAAAGAACAGCUCAUUGUCAUGAGAAGACCAGGAGAAGAAGAGGACUGUUGUCAAGAUGAUUAUCUACCUUACAUUCACUGUCUGGGCUUUGUAAAGAGAAAGGAUCUUUGGAGGCAUAAUAAAGCGUGCAAUUUCAAGAGCGGCGAUGAGGAUGAUAAGAAUGACAAGGACGAUAAUGAUUACAUGAAAUGCCAAAAACUUCAGACUAAAAGCAAGUUAUUGAUUUUACCGUCAUUAUGCCCCGGAAAGGGCUCACCCUACCAAGAAUUUUUAGCUUCCAUGAAGUCAGACCAAAUAACUCUUGUCGCUCGAAAUGAUUCCGUUAUAUCUGCUCUUGGCACCAUGAUGGUGGAAAAGGUAGGAACUAGCAGAUGUCAUGACAUUUCGCAAAACAUGCGAAACCUUGCACGUCUGCUAAUGUCAUUGAGAGAAGCAGAAAACACUGCAAAUGCCCAGCUGUUGCAGUUCCUUCGUCCUGACAAGUUUGACGUCGUUGUGCAAUGUGUCAUGGACAUUUCCAAGUUUGAUGUAAAGAUGGGUGAAAGUCGCGUCGGUACACCAUCUUUAGCGUUGCAUUUUGGUUACUCGUUGAAGAAAUGCGUCGGAAUUGUCCGUGGAAAAGCACUCCGUGAGAAAGACAGAGGUCUCCUCGAAGAUGUUGAGCAUUUUGAGAAACUCAUUGAAGCUGAGUGGAAUUACCGUAUCAGCCAUCAUUCCAUGACAACACUGAAUGACAGGAGGCAUAAUCAGCCAAACCUUCUCCCUGUUACAAGUGAUCUUCGAACGUUAAAGGAAUACAUUACCUUAAAGAUCGUUUCACUCAGUUCACAGUUGCAAUACGCAAGUAUACCAGAUGUACGCACCUGGCGAGAACUAAGUAAAAUGGUGCUGAACAGGCUGAUACUCUUCAACAAACGGAGAGGGGGAGAAGCUGCAAGACUUGAAGUUGAAACCUACACCAAUCGCCCUGAUUGGCAGAAAAGUAUAAGUCAAGAUGUUGCAUCUCUAAGUGACAUAGAACAGCAGCUAUUUAGGAGGUAUUGUAUUAAAAAUACUCGACUCAACAAGUCGAUGAUAACUAACAUCAAAGAGUAAUCAACGGUAAUCACUGACUAAUCAGCUUAUCAGUCAUUGAGGACCAUGAAAUGAUAAGUAACUAAAUCGACGACUAGUUGAAAAUGGAAAAAAAAUUGUGGCUUACUGGUUCAUCCAUGCCAUGGAUAACUCGGCUAUUCAGCUAUCAAAAGGUUCAUACUCAUGCUAUUACUUAGUUGCAUGUACAGUGGAAUCUCUAUUUCACAAAACUCGCUAUAACAAAGUCCCGGGUGUGACGAAUGAUAUUCUUCUACCCGGUAAUAAUAAAACAUAUGAAAGAGAACCCCGAUAUUACUCAACUCUGUUUAGCGAACAUAUUUUCACAGCUCUUUGGCCGUUGCUUACAUCAAGGUGUCCACUGUAGCAGUUAUACUGACUUUUUUCCAAUCUUAUUGACAGAAACAGGUACACACGUGCUUUUUUUGUCAUGCUUAUGCUGAAUUUGUGUCAAGUGAAAGACAUACAAAUUACUAACGGUAUUCUUAGGCAUUCACCCGUGCAUAAAAAAAGUAAAGCCUUGGAGCCGACUGGCUCAUUGCUGUCGGAACUUAUCCCGGUUUCUGUAGCAUGA